UUUUUUUUUUUCCAGGCCAAAUUCAGAUAAUCGGCGCCAGAGUGGCAGAGAGAGAUUGGCCAGUACUGGUGAUAAGGGAAGCAUGGCCAUGGAGUCUGCCAAGGAGACCCGCUACUGUGCAGUAUGCAAUGACUAUGCCUCAGGCUACCAUUAUGGAGUAUGGUCCUGUGAGGGCUGUAAGGCCUUCUUCAAGAGAAGUAUUCAAGGACAUAAUGACUACAUGUGUCCAGCUACCAACCAGUGCACGAUCGAUAAGAACAGGAGGAAGAGUUGUCAGGCCUGCCGGCUCCGGAAGUGCUAUGAAGUAGGCAUGAUGAAAGGCGGUAGGUAGCUGCCAGCCCGGGUGCUUGCCUGCCGGGGGUGUGCAUGCCUGCCGCCCAGCGCUGGCUGUGUCUUGUCUUGUCUUGUCUUUUCUUUUCUUUUCU